GAAGGUCUUACUGGACGAAGGAACGGUGGAAUCUACUGUGAAACCCCCAGCUCCAUUUCAAACACCCCCACCACCACCAGCACCACCCACCCCCACCCUUCAUCCCCGGCACCUUGGACGGGCAGGACGAGCAGUCAGUCCAGUGUUUGGGGUCGGCGUUGGGGAAGGGUCUGGAAUGGACAUCGUUGGGCUUUGCCCAGGGAAUGGUGGCCAGCUCGGGCACGAGGGACAGACCUUCUGCUGCAGCUGCUGUCUGAGAGUGAGCCCGGGCAGUGGAUCACUAACCUGGGGAGAUAACGGACCCAGGAGAGCUGUUCCAGCUUAAGGACGUUGACUGUUUGUUGGAUUCAAUGGAAGAGUUUGUCUUUUACGUCUUGCGUUUGAUUUAACUGGGAGCUUUAAAGAUGAUCGGGUCGUUCCUAAUUGGAGUCACUCUGUUCAACAUUCUGGUGCAGUGUGUGAGCGAACCAACGACGGCGGGGCCGGAGGGCGGGAGGAAUACUGUUGAGGAGGAGGCUGAUCAUGGGGUCCACUUGACCUCAGACUGGGCCUACCAGCUGGUCAACACAUCGCUGCCCUACCCCCGGGCCCAGAGUUUCUGCAGGGCCCGCUUCGGCUCCCUGGCUGGGCUUGGCCAACCCGAGGACCAGGAGGGGGCGCUGGAGCUCCAAAAGAUCCCCGGGAACCCCUCUCAGCUCUGGGUCCAGGAUCACACCGGGUCCACCCAGGCCCUGCCUCUCGCCAAGCAGUACCUCAAGUUCAGCGCUCUCAACUUCCCCAGAGCCUCGCGCGAGGGCUUCGUCCGGGUCAACGCCACCUUCUCCCCGCUGGCGGCGGUGAGCGUGUGCGUGCGCGUCCAGUGGGACCCCGCCUGGGACGAGGUGUCCACCAUCUUCUCCUACGCCGCGCCCGUCUUCACCAACGAGUUCCAGCUGCGCGGCCAGGUGGACCGCCAGGGUCGCGUCCUGCUGGCUCUCAUCAUCCACGGCCAGCACCGGCCCUACAAGGCCUCCCUCCCCAACGACGGCCUCUGGCACCACCUGUGCGUGACGUGGCGGAGGAGCGACGGGCGCUGGGCCAUCUACGUGGACGGGGAGCCUGGGGACACCGGGGAGGGGGCCGACACGCCCCGGGACAUCCACGGGGAGGGCAUCUUCAUCCUGGGCCAGGACCAGGACUCCUUCGGGGGGAACUUCACCGAGCCCUUCUUUGGGAACGUGACGGACCUGAACGUGUGGAGCGCGGGCCUGGAGGGGUGGCAGCUCCGCGCCCUCAACGCCUGCUCCCCUUUGACCCCCCGGGACGAGGUGUUCCGCUGGGGCGUCGAUGGCAUCACCGUGCACCCGGUGGUCCGGGAGAUGGAGGCGAUGCUGUUUUGUCCAGCAACACGGGGCCAGCAGCAGGGGGCAGAGCCUGCAGGCUGCAGGACGCUUGAGGGCUGGACGCAGCAGCACCACCCAAUGGUGGGACAGGAGGACUGCAGCCGAGCGCUACCAUUCAUCUGCAGGAGUAGCAGAGAGCGCUACCUAAAGACGAAGGAGAUCCGUGGGGGAGAGAGUGUGCGGCCCAGUCCCUUCAUGGAGCACCUCAACCGCAUCGCCAACAAGACUCGGGUCGGAACGGGAGAGGAGCCCCCUUACGCACUGGACCUAGGCGGCGCCUCGGCCCUGCUGGACGUGGCUCGGCAGGCGCUGGAGGAGACCGGGCGGGAGGACCUGGAACCCUCAGACAUGCUGUCUCUGGUGCAGCUGCUGGCGGCCGCCGCGGAGGUCCCCGUCGCCGCGGCCGCGGAGGGCAACCGGAGCCGGGGCGACGCGCGGGAGCUCAGCCAGCACUUCAUCGGCGUGGCGGACGGCCUCAUCGGCCAGGACAACGCCCUCAAGUGGCAGGCCAUCAAAGGGGUGGUCAGCGGGCCCAUGGACGUGGUCAGGAGUAUCGACCGCAUGGCAGCAAGCCUGAGUCCUCGACUGAUGGAGACUGAGCAGCACGUACUCAUACAGAGCCCCAACAUCAAGUUGGAGGUGCGACAGCAGGCCCUUGAGAGGGGCUCCCCGGGGCCAACGUUCUGCGGGCCCCUGGCUGAGCUCGGGGGCCACUUGGACUGCAUCUCCGUGCCCCAGCAGAGGGUCCAGGAUCUCCAUGACAACGGUUUCCGGUCACUCACGUUGGUGAACACGUGGUACGGAGCACUGCGGCCCCUGUUCAACGCAGAGGAGAACGUAUCCAUGGCGCCCACCGUUACCGACGGCAGCCAGAGAUACCUAGGAACCAUCCUUGGAUCCUCCGUCAUCUCCAGUAUGGUUCUAGGAGACGACCAGCCUGUCAGCGUAUCAGUGAGGUUCAAACUACAACACAAAGCCCAGAAACCCAGCGGGAAAGUCUACAACCCAGUAUGUGCCUUCUGGGAUUUCGAUCUCAUUCCAGAGUCUGGUGGUUGGUGGAACACCAGGGGCUGUGAGGUGGUUGCCAAGCAACAUGAAUCAACGGUCUGCUCCUGUAACCACACCACUAACUUUGCCCUGCUGCUACAGGUGUACGAAGUGCAGAGGAGUCCAGAGAAUGAGCGAGCUCUGCAGGUCUUGACGUUCAUUGGCUGUGGAGUGUCUCUCUGUGGCCUCCUCUUCACCUUCAUCCUCUUCAUCGCUGUUGGAGUUCCUAAAUCGGACCGCACCACCGUCCAUAAGAACCUGAUCGUGGCUCUGGGCGUCGCCCAGUUGUUGCUGAUGUGUAGUGACUGGGCCUCAGCCCACCAGGAGCUGUGCUAUGGAGUCACAGCCCUGCUCCACCUCUUCUUCAUGGCUUCCUUCUCCUGGAUGUUGGUGGAGGGGCUUCUGCUCUGGAGCAAAGUGGUCUCGGUCAAUAUCAGUGAGGACCGACGCAUGAAACUCUACUACAUCAUUGGCUGGGGGCUGCCUGUGUUGACCGUGGGUGUGACACUGGUCAUAUCGCUGGACAAAUACAAGGCGGCCACUCACUGCUGGCUCAACACGGAGACCGACAUGAUCUGGGCGUUCGUGGGGCCGGUGCUGUUCGUCUUGGCGGUCAACGCGGUGGUGCUGUGUCGGGUCGUCAUGGUUACCGUCUCCAGUGCUCGCCGGCGCUCUAAGAUGCUCUCUCCAAGCUCCGCCUCCAAGAUGCUCACCUUUGACCUCACCUGGGCUGUGACCCGGCCGGUACUGAUUCUACUGCCAGUGCUGGGUCUGACCUGGCUGUGUGGAGUUCUGGUCCACCUGUCUGUGGUGAUAGCCUAUGUCUUCAUCGCUCUCAACGCCUUCCAGGGCCUGUAUAUAUUCCUGGUGUACGCAGUUUACAACAGUGAGGUGAGGAAUGCCAUAAAGAGGAUCAAAGAGAAGAGGAAAGCCUUAUCAUUCACAAACUGCUCGCAGCCAAUCGGUUUCCUGCCCAGCCAGCGGGCCCCUGCAGUCUCCUGGGGCCACAGUGUGCCAGCCCCCUCAAGCCCAGAGACCAGUGAAACCUCUGGACCCCCCAGCUCCACCUCAGCCUCCUUGGUGAUCAAGAACGAGAGUUUCAGAAAUGAGAGCUUUGUGAGUUUUUCCUUGAAAACGACAUCAAAUCAAGUGGUUCAACUCACCGGUUUCAAGCCCUCAGGCUGUUGACCUGCGAGCGGAACAGAUGGCCAUCAGCAAAUACUACUGCGAAUACUGCUGCGUAUACUCAUGUGUAGCCUUUACAACGACUGCAUAUACUACUGCAAAACCACUCUAUACUUCUGUGUAUAAAGACAGACUGAGACCACCGACUCUUGCCACGCCAUGCAUCAGCAGAAAUGCAUUAUUUUUACAGUGUUUUUCGUUUGUUUUAUAGAGCAGUGGUUCUUAAACUAUGGUACCCAUACCACUGGUGGUACGCGAUGCGCUAUCAAGUGGUACGCAGAGGAAUUAGAAAAAAAAUCGUUAGAUUAAAAACAAUAGGCUACUAUCAAUAUACUAGUACGAAUCAAAUGGAAAUACAUUUACCAUGAGAUCAUGUUCUCACUUGCUGUGUGUGUAUGUGUUUCCUUGUCUCUGUUCUAGUGCUACCACUUUGUACAGCUGACAACAGCUACCAAUAAAUAAUAUUAUUUUUAAGAAUAAAUGUGCCUCCUGCAUGAGAUGUGCGCAGCUGAAUACGGCCGCAGGCCUACGCUACUGUAUGUUGUUAUAUUUCAUAACAUCUGUCAUAAUGGUGGUGCUUGGGGAGACAAAUAUUUUCUGUGGUGGUACGCGGUAUAAAACGUCAGAGAACCACUGUUAUAGAGUAUUACAGAAUAUUUCAGUAUUACUGUAUAGGGUGUCAAAUAUGACCAGACAGCAAGCUUGCUGUCAGUGUAAAUCAUAAAUUCAUCUAUCUAUCCAAUAUAUAGGGAUCUUUCUGUCUGUAAGUCUCUCUAUCUCUCUAUGUAAUUAGGGUCAUGUAGUAGAAAUGUCUGUUUUCCAUUGCAGCCAUAUUGGAUCUAAUUUUUUCUACAUGAGGAUGAGAAGUACAUUAAGCCAUUAUCCAAAAUGGCUUCAGAGGGGCUUUAGAAAUCGGAGGUAGUUAGUUGGAGUUGUUUCUAUUUUGUAUUUUAUUUUAGAUAUCAGAAUUGUGUUGAUAACCAUGUAGCCGAUGUCAAUAUAAAAUGGGAAAACAAGAAAAAAGAUCUGUAAUUUUGCAGCGUUACCUAGAGUAUAAAUAUCCUCAAAGAUGUUUAACCGCCGUUAAUGAGCUUUGUAAGUUACUUGAAUUGUAUUGGCAUUUGGAGCAACAUUUAAAAUUUUCUCAAAGGCUAAUGUUUUUAAAGUAGCCAUGUGCCUGGUGUAUAAAAAAUGAAGCAUUAAACUUUCUGGAAACUGCUUA